CUGCCGCUACCGCCGCUGCUGUGCCUCCUGCCCGCUUGCGGUGGGCGAGCUGCCGGUCUGAGAGCUGCUGAAGGCGGGAGAGGUCUGGCCGUUUUUCCAGCGCAUUCCUCCACACAGCCGAACACGACCGAGCAAAAUGGGCAAGAAGGAGGAAGAGGAGAUCAUCAGGAUCGCGAAGAAGAUGGAUAAAAUGGCGCAGAAGAAAAACGGGUCAGGGGCGCUGGAUCUCCUCAAGGAACUCAAGAACAUACCCAUGACCUUGGAGCUGUUACAGUCCACCCGGAUUGGGAUGUCUGUGAACGCUAUUCGCAAGCAGAGCACAGACGACGAGGUGACCUCACUGGCCAAGUCUCUUAUCAAGUCCUGGAAGAAGCUCCUGGAUGAGCCUUCUGGUGGAGACAAAAGCACAGAGGAAAAGAAGAAAGAGCCUGCAGCGCCUGUUGCGUCACCAUCCGAGGACAGCCCUGAGCCCAGAGAGGAGAGCUCCAGCAGUAAUUCCAGCAGUAAGAGUGAGGUUGCUGACGUGACGCCCAACACACUGAUUUCCACGUUCCCUCGAGCCCCGGGCACGUCUGACUCGGUGCGCCUGAAGUGCAGAGAGAUGCUGACUAGUGCUCUUCAGACUGGAGAUGAUCACAUCACAAUUGGGGCUGACUGUGAUGAACUUGGUGCACAGAUUGAGGAAUGUGUCUUCAUGGAGUUCAAAAACACCGACAUGAAAUACAAGAACCGUAUAAGAAGCCGAAUCGCAAAUCUUAAGGAUGCCAAGAACCCCAACCUUAGGAGGAAUGUACUAUGUGGCAACGUGCCUCCAACCCGCAUAGCCAAAAUGACAGCAGAGGAAAUGGCCAGCGAUGAACUGAAGGAGAUGAGGAAGAAUCUGACCAAAGAGGCUAUCAGGGACCACCAAAUGGCCAAGACUGGAGGCACCGUGACUGACCUGUUUACCUGUGGGAAAUGCAAAAAGAAUAGAUGCACCUACACACAGGUUCAGACUCGAAGUGCUGAUGAGCCGAUGACCACGUUUGUCUUCUGUAAUGAAUGCGGCAAUAGGUGGAAGUUCUGCUGAAGGCAGGGAAGAACUGUCCGCACACAGAGAGGUAGCUAAAUUCAUGGACCAUGUUUCUGUAUCAUCAACCAAUAGGAACUUUUAAGUCUGUGGCCUCUGGUGUACAACGGCCACAGUAGACAUCAAUGUUUUUAUUAUUUGAUUGUUUUGGUCCUUCAACUCAUGUCCUGUGUUUUAACUUGACGUAUAGCUAGGCUCAGCCUUUGGACUAAGAUCGGUGUCGUUGUUUCAUUGUUUCUUUUAUCAUCUCUUUUUAUAUGUAGUUGAGCUUUUUUUUUUUUUUUUUUUUUUUUUUUUUGACGACAUUCACAUGUAGGCGGUUUUCGUUUGCCCUAACAGAAAUUAGACACAAUUAUGCUAUUUAAAUUUCCUAGGCUGUUUUACCAAAUCGAUGGAAAAGGAUAAGGCUGUAGCUUUUAUUUGUUUUUAUUGUUAACUCUGUGUUAGUUUUAUUUUAGUCUGACACAUUUUGAACCAUGUUAGAAACAUGACCCUUCUCCCAAUGUAUUCAAUUUGUAUGCAUGAUUGGCAAAUUUCUACUGUUUACAUGUUUUUUUUUUUUCUUGAGUAAAACAUUUUUAAAGACUUAUAA